CGCGUGCUCACCUUGGCAACGUCCACAGCUUGCAGUUGCUGACAGAGUUUCUUAGCUCAAAAAAAAAAAGUUGUCUGUGACUUUUCAUUGGCAGGAACCAGUUCUGUUGACCUAAGUUUAUUUUUUACUACUUUACUUUAAUGACUAGUUAAGGUUUGUACUUUGUUUGGCUCAGUAUCUGACUUCUCUUUUUCUCAAGUUUUACCAGCCAAACGUAAAGUACAGCAGGCUAACGUUAACGUUAACGUUAGCGCGAGGUCUCUGCCUCGGCAGAUGACAGUAUUAGAGUUUUAUCUUCACAAGCUAGCGGUUUUAUUGUUUUAUUGUUUGCAAUGACUUCUCAACGGGAGCAGGGUGACCACUCACCCAGACUGGAGGCUGUGAUUCAGAAAUUGGAGGAGUCUAUGCUCCACUCUGAUGGCAGCUCAGGAGAGAGGUCUCUGACACUUAGAGGUGAUGGACAGGAGUCUACGCCUGUCUCCACCCACAUCCGCCAGAUCAUCACACGCAACCUGAUGGAACAGCCAGCUGGUGAGAGCUCUCAGGUCAGCAAGCUGGAGGAGAGCAGGGCCCCAAGGGAGCAGCUGUCUCCCGGUCAGAUGGACCGUGACCAGCCGCCAGUCAAGCACGCCAGUCUUACAGACAGGCUCGAUCAGAUGCUAAUGCUACCUUCAUCAGCUGACUCAGACCAGGACAGUGUGUCACCAGGAUUCCUGCAACUGCCAAACAAGGAGAGAGCUUACAGGCAAAAAUUGCAGGUGUACCAGGAGGCCCAGCAGAGACAAGCCCAACUUGUUCAGAAGCUUCAGACCAAGGUCCUUCAGUACAAAAAGAGAUGUGGGGAACUAGAGGAGCAGGUGCUGGAGAAAACCUCAGAUUCUGAGAAGAUGAGAUUGUUGCUGCAGGCCCAUCUGGACUCAGCCCAGCGUCAGCAGCGGACAGAACAGGAUCUCAACAUGGAUCUCCAGAAUAAGUCUGCUCAGCUGGAAGAGGAGCAGAAGAGGUGUGCCAGCCUCAGCCAAGUUAACUGUAUGCUGCGGAAACAACUGGAGAAGACAGCCACUGUCAACCAUGGGCUGACCGAGAGCCUAAGGAAGGCUCGUGAAGAUGCUGAAUUGUGUGAUAGCCGUUUGCGUAGAGAACAAGAGACGUGCGCCUCCCAUCUCAGUCGUGAACAGGCUCGUGUCAGAGCGCUGUGGCGCCAGGCCGCUUCCCUGCGGAGCACUUUCACCCAGCUAAGGACGUUCACUGACAGGGCUCUGUCUGAUAUGCGGGGGGAAUGUGUCACUGCCAGUCGACAGCUGCAUGUUGCCUGCAUGAACUUGGAGGCCAAAGUAACACAGGACAGCACCUCUAGUUGCGUGGAGAUGUCAGCGUUGGAGAGGCAGCUGAAAGACAAGCUAAAAGAGGCCAUGCAGCUUCAGGGUCGCUGGGAUGCAGAGAAAAUUGAACUCAACUACAGAAUCCUGGAGCUGACUGAUAUGGUGAAACACCUCCGCAGCCAAAACAGUGAGAAGGAUGCCAGCCUCAACACCAUGCAGAUCAGUCUGGACAGGAUGGAGACCAGGAGAACAGAGGACAAAGCAGGGAUGGAGAUCCUCCACACAGAGAUCGAAGCCCUCCAAAGGAUUUUAUCCAAUAUCCAACAGUUGGUUGGCGGUGAGAGUGAUAGCAGUGGCUCUGAAAGUGUGUCCCCCUCAUCUCAUCAUGGCCGGUCUCCUCUGAGGAACACCACACUGAUGGCUGUGCAGAGUGCACUCUCCAAGCACCAGAAACAAGCACAGGACCUGCGUGGGCGCCUGGAUGCUGCUCUGGAGCAAGUGGACACACUGCGCGAUCACCUGCAGGAGAGGGACACUGAGAGGAGAGAGCUGGAGCAGAAGAUCCAGGAAGUAAGGAGGGAAAGUCAGGAGGCUAAAAAAGAUCUGGAAGAAAGCCUGAGAGACAGUAACAGAUACCGCUGCUCUCUGGAGCUCAUGUCCAGUGAGAAGGCCCGCCUGGAGAAGCUGCUGUCAGGGUUACAGCAGGAGGUGGACUCCCAGUGUGCCGAGCUGGAGGCACUGCGGGGCUCAUCACUAGAGCUCCAGAGACAGCGGGACCUCCUGAGGCAGCAGAGGGAGGAUCUGGAGAUGCAGCUGGCACGCCAGCGCACAGAGGCCCAGAGAGGCGAGAGGAGCCUGGAGGAACUUGAAGGGAAGCACUCAGAUCUUCGUAGGGAGCUUGUGACAGUGAAGGAGGCCCUGAAUCAAAUCACCCUGCAGAGGGAGGUGUUGGAGGAUGAUAAGUCCAGUCUUGCUAUGGCUCUUAGCAAGAUGGAGUCCCAGAGUGCUGGACAUGAGUUAGCCCUCACCAAACUGCAAAAUCAGGAAGCUGCCCUUAAAGAUUCCCUGGCCAAAAUGGCAGCCCUAUGCGAAGGCCUUGCCAAAGACAAGGUCGAGCUCAGUCGUAUCCUGCUGCAGACAGAAGGUGAGAAGGCAGAGCUUGUAGAGCGAAGACGGGAAGCUGAAGUGGAGCGGGCAGCAGCCAGGGAAGAGACAGCACGGGUGCAACAGGAGCUGAUGGAUCUGCUUGCUGACAAACAAGCCCUGGAGAGCUCUCACAGCCACUUGCAGGAUCUUUGCCAGAAGCUCGAAGCAGAGCUGAGCCUGCUGCAGAAGGAGAACUCUCAGGCCCUGGAGCAGCACUCCCAGGUCAACAGGCAGAUGCAGGCUGUGUCAGAGGAGCUGUGUGCGUGCAGGAAGGAGCUUGAGACACAGACCACAGCCCUAAAGAGAGCUACCCAUGACAGGGAGGAGCUGGCCAAGGACAAGGCUGCUCUGGAUGUCAAGCUAAACACCGCUGACCGAAACGCCUGCGGUCUCACGCAGGAGCUGGUUGCACUUAGAGCAGAGAAGGAGUCCCUGGAGACGAGUCUGUUUGAGAGCCAGGAGCUUGCCUCGUCUCUGGAGGCCGAGCGCACCAGGAUGGAGGGGGAGAGGUGCAGCUUGCUCCUGGCUAACGAGGCCUUGACGCGUGAUGGUGCUCAGAUGCGUGUGGAUGCUGAACACCAGUUUGCACAAGCCGCACAAGAACGGAGUAAGUUAGAGGAGAGGAUGGCCCAGGUGGAGAGAAAUGCCCUGCUAGCACUGAACAACAAAGAGCAAAGUCACAGAGAGCAGCUCGAAGCUGAACGCAGACAAAAGGAGCAGCAGUGUGCAGAGCUGACAGUUCAGCGGGAGCUGGCUGAGGAGCAGCUGCGUAGACAGUAUGAGGAGCUGCGUGUGCACAGCCAGAAGGAGCUGCAGCAGGUGCAAGAGGAGCUGGACAGGCUGCAGCAGGACUUCAACCAAAGCCUCCUGCAGGCUGAGAGUGAGAAGCAGCAGGCUUUGUCCCAGAAAGAGGUGGAGAAGGCUGCCCUCAUGGAGAAGGUGGCAACCCUGCAGCAGGACCUGGCGGCAGAAGGCAUGAAGCUUGAGUGCAUGCAGAGGGAGGCAAUGAGCAAACAGGAGCAGGAUAAGCAUGCGAUGGCCGUCUUACAGACUGAGCUACAAGACUUGCGGAAUCAAUUUGAGGAAUCUUUGAACUUCCAUGAGAAUGUCAAGAAGAGUCUAACAGAGCAGGUCAGAGAGUGUAACCAACAGAGAGAUCACACACAACAGGAGUUAGAGGGCCUCCGUCGGCAGCUGCAGGAGGCAGAGGAUGAACUUGUUAAAGUGCGGAAGGAGCUGACUGAGACUCACAGAGAGCUCCAGGAUUGUGCCCAGGAUCGGGACAAACAACGAAAAGAAGCCCUGGACCUGAGAAGGCUCUUGGGUGAUGAGACCAGAGAGAAAGAAGCCAUUCAAGCCUCCAACCAGGAGCUGAGAGCUUUCAUCAAGAGAGCAGAGGGUGACAACAGCAGCUUGAGAAGAACUGUGGAGGAGAGGGAGCAGAAAGUUGCUGUCUUGGAGGAAUGUAAGAGCUCGAUGCAACAGGAGGCAAUGAGUCUACGAAGCAGUAUGAGAGAGCUUGAGAAGUCUCGCCUGCAGGCACGCAGAGAGCUGCAGGAGCUGCGCAGACAGGUAAAGGUCCUCGAAGGCGAGAAUGGCCAGCAGAAACAGGAGCUGCGAGAGCUACAGGCCCGGGUAUGUCAGGAGGAGCAGAGGGAGGAGGAGGCGCGUCGCGAGGCUUUCACUCUCAAGCAGAGAGUGUUGGAGUGCGAGGCUGGCAGAGAAGCAGCGCUGAAUGAGGUUGUCGGUCUGCAGCGCCAUGUAGUGGAACUGGAGACAGCAAAGCAUCAAAACCAAGAGCUGCUUCAGGAAAGAGAGGCUUAUCAGCAGCAGUUUGACCAACAGAACAGAGUGACCACUGCCCAGCUGGAAGAGGCACUAGAAGACGCCAGGAUCCAGGUGAAAGAGCUCUCAGUGCAGGCUGGCUUCGCUGAAAGCAAAGUCCAGGGCCUGGAAGAGCAGCUGGGCCUAGUCGAUGCCAAACGCAGGGACCUGGAGCUCAAGUUAGCCGGAUUGUGUUCAGCUCUGCGCCACACUGUUGGCACUGGCCAUAAGAGGCUUUCAGGCACACCAGGGUCCUGUAAGCACUCUCCCUCUCCCUGGAGAAACCGCCUGCAAAUAAAAGGAGGAGACACUGUGAAAGAUGGAUCUGUGUUCUCCUUGUCUCAUGGUGAAGAUGAAAUGGAUGUGGAGUUGCAAACAGCUCUUCAGGAGUUCCAGCAGGAACUCAGGCGCACACAAAGAGACCGGGAUGAAGCCACGGCUCAAAUAGUUAGUUUAAAUCAGCAGUUGACAGAGCUUCAGAGCAGCCAGGAUAGGUCGGCCACCCAGCUGCAACAACUGCAGAAGUCCUUGAAGCAGUCAGAGCAGGAAAAAAGAGCGAUGGGAGAGCGAUUGCAUGAAGCACAUAUGUCCCUUUCCCUGCAAGAAGAAGUAGCACAUCGCGCAGAGAGGGAGAAGAGAAGCCUUGAGGAGGAGAUAGCCCAAUUGAGGACUUGUCUGCAAACUGCUGAGGCUGAGUGCAGAGCACUGCAAGACAAGCUUGAGCUUUUGCAGGGCUCAGAAUCCCGUGCAAAUGUAGAACAACGCAAGUUGAAGGAGUCUCUGGAAGCAGCAGAGAACAGGGUGAGCCGUCUGGAGCUCUCCCAGCGCACCCUUGAGGGUGAACUGCAGAGAGCCCAGCUCAGGGCAGCAGAGCUGGAUGCAGAGGCAGGGGCACUGCAGGAAAGGCUUACAGAGCAGCGGAGGAAGCUGUGUGAGAGUGAAGACCGCUGUGCAGCACUGAGCAUCAGCGAGGAGAAGUUGGCCACUUCACUGGCUCGAGCUGAGCAGCAUGAGAGCCAGCUGAGAGAUCAGAUCCACAAACUGUCAAACACCCUCAGUGACAACAGGAGCAGCAGUGGAGCGCUGCAGGAGCAGAUCACACAGCUGCAGAGGGCUCUGACUGCCAGUGAGCAGGACCGAAGGCUGCUGCAGGAGCGUCUGGAUAAAACAAGAGAUGCCCUCUCAGAGAGUAAGAGGCUGUACCACAAGCUGACAGAGCAGAACCAGAACCUUCAAAGAGCCCAAGAGGACUUAGAGCUCAAAGAUUCUGAGCUGGAGAAACAUAACAGGACGCUGAAGGAGAGCCUGAAGCAGCAGCAGGAAGCUGAACUGCAGAUCCAUGAGAGCUCCAAGCAGCUGCAACGAGAGAAGGCAGAACUCCAGGACAGGGUCACCAACCUUCAGAGCUCUUUGCAAAAGCUACAGAGUGAGAGAGCCGAGAUGGAGAGAGUGCUGACACGCCUCGCUAAAGACAAGUCAGCACUUAGGAGGACACUGGAGAAGGUGGAGAUGGAGAGGCUGAGGAGGGAGGAGGACGCAGCGUCGGCAGCCAGAGAGAAGGAGCAGCUGGGGCAGAUAGUCCGUGGCCUGGAGCAGGAGCUGGCUGAAAAGCAGGACGAGUGUCAGGCUGUGCAGGCCCAAAUCUCCCAGCUGGAGCAUGCUCAUACACAGCGCCUCCUGGAGGUGACAGCCCGCCAUCACCAGGAGGUGACUCUAGAGACAGAUCGUCUGAGAGACAGUCAGCUCCAAGCAGAGGAGGCCUUGGAGACCAGGGAGAAGGCCCAUCGCCAGAGGGUGAAAGGCCUGGAAGAACAGUUGCUGACUCUGAAAGAGCAGCUCGAUCAGGAGACAAGGAGACGACAGGCCUAUUUCAAUCAGAUGCUACAACCUGGCGUGUAGGCAGAGACCCUGCAGUGACGUAUGUAGCACCUCUGGCUUCCUCAUUCACGGCUCCUCUGGCUGCUUCCCAACAACAUUAUGCUACCCACACACAAACACACUCCUAAGGCUUUUGCUCCCACCCAUGCACAUGUGCACAGCGGAUUACAUUAAUCUGCAGGAAAACUCAACAACAACAAACAAUGAGUGUUUUGUUUAUGAGCGGACUGGAUGUGCCAAAUUGUUUUAAGGAUUUCCUCUGGCUCGCUACAGCUGGCGUUUCUGCGUCUGUUUACUCUGUGUCAUUUUUUAGGAAACACUGUGAUGAAAGGUUUCCUUAGUUGGUGCUUUAUCCUCUUAUGAUUGCUCUUGUACUCAUUUGUCAUAUUGAUCAUGCACCAAUUUUAUAUGUCAUAACCACUGUUUAUGUGUCCUAAUGAGAAUAAUUUCCAAAUAUUUACAAUAAUUGUUUGCAGAUUUCUGCUGUGAUUUAUUAGUGUUUCAGGUCAUGUUAUAAAGAUUAUAUAGUGUAACUCAUUUAUUUUAUUACAUGUUGUGUUUGACUCAAUCAAAAAUACUGUGUGCAACAGUUGUCAUUGUUUUUAAUAAACUGGGUGUAUCAGAGCACAAUUAUGCAAUUUGUUUUUACGAAAGAUGUUGAGAUCUGAUAAUGAUGUUUAUUCAACUGACCGCACAACUUUGUUAUGGAAAAAGUUUUCUGUGAACUUUGCGAAGGACAGCACUGCCCUUUCAUGGCAUGUGAGUUCUGGCGUUGGGUUCGCACCAUUAAAAGCCUUUGUGGAUUUA